AUGCGUGUACCUAUGAGAAAUAUGUUAUUAGUGACACUGCUCGUUUGUGCGUUUUCAUCCAUAAUUUUAUGCUCAAUUCCAUUGUCAUCCCAGACAUUAAGGCGACAGAUAGUGGACGAUGAAGUUGCAUCUACUGAAAAGUUCAAAUUAAACUAUGGUUUUGAUAAAAGUAUAAAUUCACAGAUUCCUGCCCCAAGAACUACUGAAGAUUUACCUAAGAAGAAGCUCAGCUCAUAUCCUACGCCUAACUUAUUGAAUACUGCUGAUAAUCGACACGCUAAUAAAAAAUCACGUAGAGCGGCCAAUUCCAUAAGCGUGCCCUAUUUGGAGAAUCGUUCCCUGAACGAAUUGAGUUUAUCUGAUAUAUUAAUCGCAGCCGACGUUGAGGGUGGACUUCAUGCUGUUGAUAGAAGAAACGGUCAUAUCAUAUGGUCCAUCGAACCAGACAAAUUUCAACCCCUUAUAGAGAUACAAGAACCUUCCAGGUUAGAAACGUAUGAAACGUUGAUUAUCGAACCUUUUGGUGAUGGGAACGUUUAUUAUUUUAACGCCCAUCAAGGCUUACAAAAACUCCCUCUAUCUAUACGUCAACUUGUUUCAACUUCUCCACUGCACUUGAAAACAAAUAUUGUGGUUAAUGAUUCUGGCAAAAUCGUCGAAGAUGAAAAGGUCUAUACUGGAUCGAUGAGAACUAUAAUGUAUACUAUAAACGUUUUGAAUGGCGAAAUUAUAUCAGCAUUUGGGCCUGGCUCAAGGAACGGGUAUUUCGGGAGCCAGAGUGUGGAUUGCUCACCUGAGGAGAAGAUAAAACUUCAGGAGUGUGAAAAUAUGAUCGUAAUUGGCAAAACUAUCUUUGAGCUGGGAAUUCACUCUUAUGAUGGGGCAAGUUACAAUGUUACUUACUCUACAUGGCAGCAAAAUGUUUUAGAUGUCCCCCUAGCGCUUCAAAAUACAUUUUCAAAGGACGGUAUGUGUAUAGCGCCCUUCCGUGAUAAAUCAUUGUUAGCAAGCGAUUUGGAUUUCAGGAUUGCUAGGUGGGUUUCUCCGACAUUUCCCGGAAUUAUUGUUGGCCUUUUUGAUGUGUUCAACGACCUUCGUACUAACGAAAAUAUACUGGUGCCGCAUCCCUUUAAUCCUGGUGACCAUGAAAGUGUAUCAAGUAACAAAGUUUAUUUGGAUCAGACUUCGAAUCUUUCUUGGUUUGCAUUAUCUGGUCAGAAUUUUCCCUCAUUAGUCGAAUCAGCCCCUGUAUCGAGAUAUGCUUCCAGUGACCGUUGGAGGGUGUCUUCAAUUUUUGAAGAUGAGACUUUAUUUAAGAACGCAAUUAUGGGAGUUCAUCAGAUAUAUAACAACGAAUAUGACCACCUUUAUGACAAUUAUGGAAAGACUAAUUCUUUAGACACUACGCACAAAUAUCCGCCUCUGAUGAUUGAUUCUUCUGUUGAUACAACCGACCUACAGCAGAACACCGAGAUGAAUUCACUAAAGGAAUAUAUGUCACCAGAAGACCUUGAGGCAUAUAGAAAAAAGAUCCACGAGCAAAUAUCGAGAGAAUUAGGUGAAAAAACCCAAAAUUCUCUGCUACUGAAGGUUGGAAGCUUAGUGUAUCGAAUUAUAGAGACGGGAGUAUUCCUGUUGUUAUUUCUCAUUUUUUGUGCUAUAUUACAGAGAUUCAAUAUUUUGCCGCCAUUAUACGUAUUAUUAUCCAAAAUUGGAUUUAUGCCUGAAAAAGAAACCCCCAUAAUUGAGUCGAAGACGUUAAAUAGUUCUGCUUCAUCAGAAAAUGUCGCCAAGCCAUCCGAUACAAAAUCAGGGAGGCAAGUUGUUUUUGAAAGCGUAGUAGACGAUGGAAGUCUAAAAUAUGAGAAAGAUAAUAAUGAUGGUGAUGAAGAUGAUGAAAAAUCGCUAGAUUUGACCAUAGAAAAGAAGAAAAGGAAAAGAGGUUCAAGAGGGGGCAAAAAGGGCAGAAAAUCACGCGUUCCAAAUAUACCUAACUUUGAGCAGUCUCUAAAAAAUUUAGUAGUGUCGGAAAAAAUCUUAGGUUACGGUUCUUCAGGAACAGUAGUAUUUCAAGGAAGCUUUCAAGGAAGACCUGUUGCAGUAAAAAGAAUGCUAAUCGAUUUUUGUGACAUAGCUUUGAUGGAAAUAAAACUUUUAACCGAAAGCGAUGAUCACCCAAACGUUAUACGAUAUUACUGCUCAGAAACGACAGAUAGGUUUUUGUAUAUUGCUUUAGAGCUCUGCAAUUUAAACCUCCAAGAUUUGGUUGAAUCUAAGAAUGUAUCAGAUGAGAAUUUGAAACUACAGAAAGAGUACAAUCCAAUCUCGUUAUUGAGACAAAUAUCGUCUGGGGUCGCUCAUCUACAUUCUUUGAAAAUUAUUCAUCGAGAUUUAAAGCCUCAGAAUAUUCUGGUUUCGACAGCCAAUAGGUUUACUGCCGAUCAACAAACAGGAGUAGAAAACCUCAGGAUCCUAAUAUCAGAUUUCGGUCUCUGCAAAAAACUAGAUUCUGGUCAGUCUUCAUUUAGAACAAAUUUGAAUAAUCCUUCUGGAACGAGCGGCUGGAGAGCUCCUGAACUACUUGGCGAAUCAAAUAAUUUGCAGUGUCAAAUCGAAACGGAACACUCUUCUAGUAGGCAUACAGUAAUCUCAUCUGACUCCUUUUAUGACCCGUUCACCAAAAGGAGACUAACAAGAUCUAUUGAUAUUUUUUCUAUGGGAUGUGUUUUCUAUUAUAUCCUGUCCAAGGGGAAGCAUCCAUUUGGAGAUAAAUAUUCGCGUGAAAGUAACAUUAUAAGGGGAAUAUUUAGUCUUGAUGAAAUGAAAUGUUUGCACGAUAGAUCCUUGAUUGCAGAAGCUACGGAUCUAAUCACACAAAUGAUUGAUCAUGAUCCAUUAAAAAGACCGACUGCCAUGAAAGUUUUAAGGCAUCCGUUGUUUUGGCCAAGGUCAAAGAAAUUGGAGUUCCUUUUAAAAGUUAGUGACAGGCUUGAAGUUGAAAACAAGGACCCUCCCAGUGACUUGUUACUGAAAUUUGACGCCAGUUCUGAAUUCGUAAUACCGAAUGGAGAUUGGACUGUUAAGUUUGAUAAAACCUUUAUGGACAACCUUGAAAGAUACAGAAAAUAUCAUUCGUCAAAAUUAAUGGAUCUAUUGAGAGCACUCAGAAACAAAUAUCAUCAUUUUAUGGACUUACCCGAGGAUAUAGCAGAACUUAUGGGGCCGGUACCCGAUGGAUUUUAUGAUUACUUCACCAAACGUUUUCCAAAUCUAUUAAUAGGUGUUUAUAAAAUUGUUAAGGAAAAUUUAAGUGACGACCAAAUUUUACGUGAAUUUUUGUAUUCAUAA